CUCUGCUUUUCAUCCGCUGUUCCUCUGCUCUCAUCAGCAUUCCUGGCAGCAAUCUCAUCAGCAUUCCUGGCAGCAAUCUCAUCAGCUUCCUGGCAGCAAUCUCAUCAGCUUCACUUAGCCGCAGCUCUGGUUACGGAGGGAUGCACUCACACCUGGAUGUCAUCAGAUUCUCAGCUCACACGGCCCCCCUCAUUCACCAUUCUCCAGAACAUGGCUCCUCUCUCUUCUUCCUGUUCCCUCUCAUCUCUGUGUGAAAACUCCACCUCUUCAUGAAUAUAGAAAUAUCUAUGCAGUCUGA